AUGCCACCAUACCUAUUCCCACUUCCCACCACAGCCCUCCUCACCUUCUCCUCCCUCCUCACCGACCCAUCGGGAUCAUACACCACUGUUCUAUCCGAAGCUACAGCAGCCAGGACGAGGUUGCAGCUGGCGCUGAAGAGUGUACAUGAUAAUGAACCUGGAUCAAGUGCUCUGGCCGUAUUGGAUGCUGUUCAAAACUACCUACCUUAUUUGAAAGGAAUAAUAGCAUGUUUAGAUGCGGAUGAGCUUCUUUUCAAGGGUGAACCCAACUUCCCAUGGACAUCCCCAUUAACGCAAUACAAACUUUCUCCACCUCUCCUCUCCCUCCCCUCCAUCCACUCUGAACACCUAUUCGUCCUCCUUACCUAUACAUUGGCACUAUCAAAUUACGCUCACUACAUCCUCUCCUCCCUGCCGAUAUACGAGAAAGAAAGUGUUUCUCGGAAUUUGUCAAGUGAAGACGAAAAGCGAAUCACAGCCGGAUUGAGUCGAGCAGUUGAUCUUCUAUGUCAGGCAUCAGGUUUGGCAGAUUGGAUAGCGGAGAAUGUAUCAUUACAGGUAGAACCGAUUAAGAAUGCUUUGGGAGGGAGAUUGGCGGGUAAAGGAGGGAAUAGGUGGCCUGUGGAGUCGAAUAGAGAGACUUUCAAGGGGUUAUCUAUGAUGUUCCUCGCAGAUGCCCAUCUCACCGCCAUCCGUAAACUCCUCUUACCGGUCCUACCCCACGUUCUUUUCUCCCCUGCGGGUCCACCUUUACCGUCCAACCAUCCCUCAGCCUCAUUACUCGCCAAACUCUAUCUGCACGUUACAUCGCUAUACACCUCAUCUCGAGCCCUGCUAAAAGUCCAACAGCAAUCUUCCUCUUCUGAGGGGAAGAAACUAUUCUCGAAGGAUUUCGAUAUAGAAUCAAGUGAAGGGGAGAUAAUAGUUACUUUGAAAAGAUACUUGAAAAAGGAAUCGUUACUUUCCAGUGCCUUAGCAAAUAAAUGGUUAGGUAUAGAUUUAGGUGAAGGGGCGAAAUCGACAACACCGAAGAUAGGAGAAGCGCUUUCGUAUUUGAAAGAAUCGUUAAGUCGUCUGGAAGAUUUGGAAGAUUCCAAAACGCGUGAAAGGUUAAAAGGACUUUCGAUAGGGAUAGGGAAGAAUACAGAGAGGAAAAAGGAGGAAAGGAAGAAUAGAAAGUCGAGAGUGGAGUAUGAGGUGGAGGAUACUAAGGCUUGGGUGAAGAGUUAUACCAAGAUGAAUGAUACUGUGACAUUCCAGCCCAUCCCACCCGUAUCUUCCCUGAUCGCACCUUCCGGCAGACCAAUAUUCGGUCCUAAAGCAUUCGUACCUCCUCCAAGCAAGUUCGAACCUGCUCGUAAAUUACCUAGUCCAGGUGAUGAUGAUGAUGAGACAGGAGCCAAAGACAAAAGUGGAGAAGGAGAAGGGGAAUAUGCGGGGAAGGGAAGUUAUUUCUGA